AUGACAAUCUUGAUUCUCUUAUUGGUUGGUAGCAUUAACUGUAAAAGUAGCUGGAUUUUUAAGAAAAUGAGUAAUAUUCAAGAUCAAAUAUCAAACGUUCAAGUGCAAGCUUCAGACAUUAUUGAACAACAUCCAGAGAUCUAAAAUUCGAUUUUGCAGGAAUUUGAAAUAUUAUCUGAAAAAGCAGAAAAGGGCUUUAGAUAAUAUUCGAAUGAAAUUCAGGCAUUUGGUCAGAAUAUUUACAAAAGUGCAGAUGAUUUUCAUUAAGAAAAAGAGAAAAGAGAGGAUGUUUCUGAUACAAAAAAACUUAAAUAAGAAUAAGUAGAAAAAAAUGAAAUAAAAAUUGCUGGAGAGAGAACUAUAAUCAUUGAUAACACUCUGAAUUGGGAUCCAAUAAAAGUUUUUUUUGGAGUUAUCGAAAAUAAUUAGACCCUACCCAUAAAUGGUUGA